ACAUGUGAUUUUGUUGUGUAACAUGGUUCUGUUCUCCACACAGACUCUAAACAUCAGCGCUCUUGAUUAAAAAGUGUUCUUUUAUUGGACUUUAUUUCAUUUAAUUACAUUUAAAUAUCCUGAAAUGUGUGUUAGGAUUGUCCUCUAUAACUCCUGAGUAGUGGUUUAUUGUUAAUGCUUAGCUAAGAGCAGGAGAAAUGCACCGCGGGCCGAACCCGGAUUAUCAGCGGGCUCCAGUCGCUCCUCCCCGGUAUGGAGCUUCAGCUGCCCCCGGGGCCGGUCCUCCUUUCCCCGGCCCGUUUACCAGAACCGGUUUCCCUCCACAUUACCCGAACCCGGUGUCCUACCCCAGAUCCGUUCCUCCUCCGGGAUUUCAGAGCUUCAGCACCGAGCAGAGUUACCAGGCAGCAGCUCCCCCAGCACAGUUUUCUGCAGGAUGGACACUACAACAGGAUGAGCUGCAGAAUCUGGAGGUGAAGAAGAAAGCUGAGGAAUUCCUGCGCAUGCUGGAAACUAAAGCAUCCGGCGAAUCAGGAGACAAAGUCACGAGGCGGCCGAGUGCAGACACUGAAGCCGAGAGACAUGGGUCAGAGAAGCACUCGAGAGGGCGGAGCCGGAGCAGGAGCCGGAGUCGAGGGAGGAGCCGGGGGCGGAGUCGAGCGAAGAGCAGAGCUCACAGUCGUGGGAGGAGCCGAGCUCGGAGCAGGAGCCGAAGCAGGAGUCGGGGGAAAAGUCGCACCCGAGCGAAGAGCCGGCCACGCAGUCGCAGCCGCAGCCGGGGGCGGAGCUUUGCGAGGAGUAAAAGCCAGCCUCGGCUCCAUAAAGACUCUCAGCGCAGCAUUAAAGACACGGCGUCUCCGUCCGUUAGCUCCAGAGUACCCGACCUCUUCCAGAACCUGAAACAGGUCCUACAGAGCAAAGAGCUGGAGAAACACCUGUCUGUGGUGAAGAACACCUUCAUGAUCAACCAGACACAGGAAGACAUGAAGAUAAAGCAGGAAACUGCACCUUCACAGAAUCUUCCAGAAUUUCUGAUGAAGUCCUGUGACCCGGAGCGAGCCGCUGACUUCACCCGGAACUCCGUACUUCCUCACGAGCGAGUGUCCGGAAGUGACGGCACCUUACCUCGGAUCUUAUCCUGGAACGAACCGGGACAAAAGCUGGAAUCGUUCCCGAAUAAAUGCGUCUUCUCCAGCAUCGAGGACGAGGAGGAGUUUCUCUAUGGAGAAGACGACGCGAGGAAGAAACCCCAAGCCGUCACCGUCCCCCUUGCCCAAACCAGACCCGCCGAAAAUCCGAUCUCGUCUUUCUGUAUCUCCAAACCGUCCGUCCUCCAGGAGCCCAAAGGUCAGGCCGUGACCCCCAGCCAGCGGCUGACCCCGGACGUGUCGGUGGAGGAGUGCGAGAGGGUGAAGAACCUGCUGAAGACCAUCGGACUGAACCUGAGCCAGGCCGACAUCGUCAAGAUGGCCGCUAGACUGAAGCAGAAGCAGGAGGAGCAGAGAGGAGCCAGCUCGAACCCGACUCUCAGAGCCACGCUGGAGACGCUGCUGAACCGCAAUAAAGUGCAGAAGUCUGAUGACGGUCGGAGUAAUCGAUCUGAAAGCAGCCAUUCACACAGAGAGUCCGAUCACAGAGAGCAGAGCGAGGAGAUGGAGAGAGAGAAGGAGAAGGAGAGGAGAGAGAAACAGAUCCAGAAGAAGAGGAAGGAGUACCUGGUGAAGGAGCUGGAGGGUCUGCUCAAGCAUGAAGGUUCUGGUGAUUUGAUCCCCGUCAUCGGUUUCUUCUGUCAGCGCUGCGAGGAGUUUUUUGCGGACCUGACCAGUGCCGAGGGACACAAACACACCAACACACACCAGGAUCAGCAGCUGAAAGACAACAAGAGGCAGAGAGAGCACAAGCCCAUGGAGCGCCGAGACCGGGACGAGAGAAGCUCAGAGACGAAAAGAUCGAGAGAAGACUCUCACAGCCCUCACAGGACCGAGGACAAGUCCAGAGUCCAGGAGACGAAAGCCAGGAAGGAGGACGACGGCCAGUCGAGUAAGAGCAGCAAGAAGAAAAAGAAGAAGGAGAAGAAAAAAAAGGACAAAAAGAAAGAGAAGAAGAAGGACAAGUCUGAGAAGAAUUAGCGUGCGUUGUUCCCGAAUCCCUGAAAUAUCAGAUCGUUAAACCCAAUAAACAUAACGGUUACAGAAGGGUGCCAAACCGUUUUCUCGUUAUUGUAAAGAAAGCAGUUUAGUGUUUCACACGAACUCUUCAGCUGCUUUAUCACAGUAUUGAGAUCUUACCAGUACCAACCCCAUACCCCACCUCCUCUAAUUAAUGAUCUACAGUUUAGGUUUAAAUAAAAAAUGCAAAGUUUUUUUUUGGUUGCAUUUUCAUUACAUAAAAUUUUACAUGAACAGGACUUGUGAAAGGUUUGUUUCUGUUUGUUUGUACAUUUUAGAAUAAAUCAUUUCUCUUGUUGCUGCAGACCUGAACCUGUGACUAGACGGGUGCCAAAACUUACACAAUAGAACAGAAAUUCAAAUGUGUUUCACUUCCUGCAUAUUUGGGUGGGUGGGACUUUGGUUCCAGUAAUCAGAAUCUGAUUGGUUUAUGAAACGAGGGUACUGUUACAUGUAUGUGUUGAUGGACUGUUUGUUUAUUUGUUUGUUUGUUUAUGAAUACUGUGACAUCACAGCCUGUUUAAAGGUGAGUCAAAUCUACAUCUUUUCUUCGCUCUCUUGCUGGUUGAUUCACUUGAAUGUGACAUCACACUUUCCUGGGUUUUUUUUUAUUCUUCAACCAGUCACUACACACCUAACCCCACCCACCAUGUGUAAGCCCCACCCCAAUCCAGAAAUUUUUCUCAAGUGUGAUGUGAACUCAGGCUCUUUCAAGUGAUUCAGAUCAUGUGACUCACCAAAAUAAGAGUCGAAUCAUUUGACUCCCAAAUGAAUCAAUCGCUCUAAACUGGAUCAUUCUCAUUUGUGUAACUUCAGAAAUUGUUUGUCAUGAUUGUGAGAUUUUAAAGUUCAUUCACAUGGAUGUAUUUGAUAAAAUGAUCAAUUUAGAUAUUAAUAAUUCCUCCAUAACUCG